GAAUAAUAGACAAAUAUAAUCAAUUGAUUUGUUGAUCACUCACUGAUUCAGACUGUCUGUGAUUCAGAGUAAGUCUUAAGAAAAAAAAGUGGAAGAAUUGGUUCAAUUGAUUGCAUUAUUGGUUGGUUAGACGUGUCUUGAGAUAUGACGACAAUCAAUAAGACAUUAGUGUUGUUUGAUGUCGACGGCACUCUCACCCAAUUCCGACUACCAAUUAAACCUGAAAUAUCCGAAGUUCUUACAAAACUUAAAGAAAAAGUGACCAUUGGUUUAGUCGGUGGAUCAGAUUUGCCAAAAAUAGCUGAACAGAUGGGUAGACAGGGAGACGAUGUUAGUGAAGCAAUAGAUGAUGUCAUACAACGAUAUGACUAUGUGUUUGCUGAGAAUGGAUUAGUUGCGUACAAGAAUGGCUCACUUUUAGCUAAAGAAAGUAUUGUUAAUUAUAUCGGCGAACAAAAGCUUCAGAAGUUAAUUAACUAUUGUCUCGGAUAUAUGUCGUCACUUGAAUUGCCGGUAAAACGCGGAAAUUUUGUUGAGUUUCGCAACGGACUCAUUAACAUCUGUCCCGUCGGUCGCAGCUGUUCUCAGAAAGAAAGGGAUGACUUCGGCGCUUAUGACGCCAUUCAUAAAAUUCGCGAAAAGUUUAUUAAAGAUGUGAAACAACACUUUGGCGAUGAGUUAGAUCUCAAUUAUGCAAUCGGAGGACAAAUUAGUUUUGACUGUUUUCCCAAAGGAUGGGACAAAACAUUUUGCUUGAAAUAUGUUGAGAAAGAUUUCGAUAAAAUAUACUUUUUUGGUGAUAAAACACAACCGGGAGGUAAUGAUCAUGAGAUCUAUUCAGAUCCAAGAACUAUAGGUCAUUCAGUCAAAGAUCCCAAUCACACCAUACAAAUUCUUAAACAAUUAUUUUUUAAUGAAAAUAAAUGAAUGAAUGAUA